AUGUUCAGCUCUCGUCACCCGGAAGACCGAUUCCGGCUGCGCAUGCACCGAGCGCGCUCCGUCGACCUGACCGACGACGAGCUCGUCGAGAUCCGCGCCGCCCAACGCACGUUCGAAGGCGCCUACGUCCGCACGGCGCUCUCGCAGCUGUCCUUCUCCCUCGUCGUCCUCAAGAUCUUCACCUCGGAGUUCUACUCCAUCGGCGCCCUGUUCGCGGCGUACGCCUUCAGCUUGCUCCUAGUUAGUGCCUAUCGGAGACAGCAGGGGAACAGGCAGUUCUUCACGGAGCUGGGCGACGAUGGACUGGCCAUGAAGAGAUUCGUCACGAGCGGGAACGUCGUGGUUGCCGUCACGGCUUUGACCGUCGCCGCGAUUGUAAGUCUGCUGGUCUUGACUUUGAGAUUGGAGACUUGA